GUCAAAAACUCUAACUGGUGGAGCUGAAUGUAAUGAAUAUUUGUUAUUACAUGAGUUCCACAGAUUAAAGUAUAUUUAUCCUGACAAAGAUUCCAAUAAGCAAUGUUCAUACAAUAAUAUUGUAGAACCAGAUGAUAAUGAUGAAAAAAUUGAAAAACCAGCUUAUUCUGGAGGUCUUGUUUUAGAACCAAAAAAAGGAUUUUAUGACAAAUACAUUGUUCUUUUAGAUUUCAACAGUUUAUAUCCUUCUAUUAUUCAAGAAUUUAAUAUUUGUUUUACAACAGUUGAUCGUACUAAUUUG